GGGAACCUGUCGCGGUUUGAUGAUGCGAGGGGGGCUGUCGGUUGGUCCGGGAGUGGUGAAGCAACCGUAGCUGCCGGGGGAGCGCAGCGCCUGUGGAUCAAGCAAGGCCUCGGCUAAAGCAGCUCAAACUGCCAUGUCCCUGAUGUUCUCCCGCUCACACCCAGUUGUACUUGGUAAGAAAGAUAAGCGUCUGAUGGCUGAGGUUAAUGCUUCUCCGCUCAAACACUUUGUCACAGCCAAAAAGAAAAUUAAUGGAAUUUUUGAGCAGCUCACAGCCUACAUCAAGGAGAGUGCUGCAUUCCUCAAAGAGACAUACCAGAAUGGAGAGCUGGACCCAAUCACCACAGAGGAACAGGUGCUGGAGGUGACCGGUUAUCUCUCAAAGGUGGGAGGGAUCAGUGAAGUUCUAGCACGACGUCAUAUGAAGGUAGCAUUUUUUGGCAGGACGAGCAAUGGAAAAAGCAGUGUGAUCAACGCUAUGCUGUGGGACAAAGUCCUGCCCUCAGGAAUUGGCCAUACCACCAACUGCUUCCUACGUGUGGAGGGCUCAGAUGGGAACGAGGCGUACCUGCUCACAGAUGGAUCUGAAGAGAAACGAAACAUCAAGACUGUGAAUCAUUUGGCUCACGCACUUCACCAGGAUCAACAACUCACCGCGGGUAGUCUUGUCUCUGUCAUGUGGCCGAAGAUGAAAUGCGCUUUACUGCGAGAUGAUCUGGUGCUGGUGGAUAGUCCUGGGAUUGAUGUAACCACAGAACUGGACAGCUGGAUUGAUAAAUUCUGCCUGGAUGCCGAUGUGUUUGUGUUGGUGGCAAACUCUGAGUCAACGUUAAUGCAGACGGAGAAGCAAUUCUUUCACAAAGUCAAUGAGAGAUUGUCACAACCCAAUAUUUUUAUCCUCAAUAACCGCUGGGAUGCAUCUGCGUCAGAACCUGAGUACAUGGAGGAGGUGCGUCGGCAACAUAUGGAUCGCUGCACCAGUUUCCUGGUGGACGAGUUGGGAGUAGUGGAUCGGGCUCAGGCCACAGAUCGCAUCUUUUUUGUGUCAGCUAAAGAGGUUUUAAACGCUCGCAUCCAGAAAGCACAGGGGAUGCCAGAAGGAGGUGGAGCACUGGCUGAGGGGUUCCAGGCGAGAAUGUUUGAGUUCCAGAACUUUGAGCGACGGUUUGAGGAAUGUAUCUCACAGUCGGCAGUGAAGACCAAGUUCGAGCAACACACAGUCCGUGCCAAGCAGAUCUCCGAAGCCUUGCGGCGCAUCAUGGAUUCCGUGCAUGUUGCUGCCACGGAACAGAGGGUGCAUUGCCUGAAGCAGAGAGAGGAGCGAAUGGAUCGACUUGAGUUUAUAGACAAUCAACUGGAUUUACUGACCCAGGAUUGCAAAGCCAAAAUCAAACAGAUUACUGAGGAGGUGGAACGGCAGGUCUCGAACGCAAUGGCAGAAGAAAUCCGCCACCUUGCUACAUUGGUGGAUGAUUUCCAGAUGGAUUUUCACCCCUCCCAGGUGGUGCUCAGAGUCUACAAGAGUGAGCUUCACAGACACAUUGAGGAAGGACUUGGACGCAACAUGUCUGAGCGUUGCUCUGUCACCAUUACAACCAGCCUGCAGAAAACGCAACAGGAAAUGAUCGGUACAUUCAGUCCUUUCAUAGUCCUUCAGCCCCUACUGCCACCAGCAGAGAGAGGCCAGGUAGAUGUGUUGGUACCUCGUCAGCGCUUCACUCUCAGCUACGACCUGAACUGCGACAGGCUCUGUGCCGACUUCCAAGAGGACAUUGAGUUCCACUUCUCGCUCGGAUGGACAAUGCUUGUCAACCGCUUCCUGGGCCCAAAGAAUUGUCGGAGGGCACUGGCAGGAUACAAUGACCAGGUCUCACGGCAACUACCCAUUACGCCAGUCAGCACCAGCUUACCACCCUUACCCCAGGGGUCAAUGACCCAGGAAGAACUCAUGGUUUCUAUGGUAACAGGAUUGGCUUCAUUAACUUCACGAACAUCAAUGGGGAUAAUCGUGGUCGGGGGUGUGGUGUGGAAAGCAGUGGGCUGGCGGUUGAUUGCGUUGAGUGUUGGGAUGUAUGGCCUCCUUUAUGUGUACGAGCGUCUGACAUGGACGACCAGAGCCAAAGAAAGAGCCUUCAAACGUCAGCUUGUGGAUUACGCUGUCGAGAAGCUACAGCUCAUUGUCGGUUACACUGGAUCCAACUGCAGCCAUCAGGUGCAACAGGAGCUGACAGGGACAUUUGCCCAGCUGUGUCAGCAGGUGGAUGUAACACGGCAGAACCUAGACGAGGAGAUUAAGGACCUAAAUAAGAAGAUUGAACUGCUGGACUUGUUGCAGAGCAAAGCCAAGCUGCUCAGGAACAAGGCUGGAUGGCUGGACAGUGAGCUGAACAUGUUCACUCAUCAGUACCUGGAGCAGAGCAGAUGAGAGUGACUGAUGUGUGCAAAACCGACACAUGUUUCCACCGCCUGAAACACAAAUGCAACACUAACUGCCACGGGAGGGUGGGGGGCAUUGUUGGGAUAUUAAAUCAUUUCUUUCUCAGAAUAAUUUAUAAACAGUUGAGAAUUGAUUUAGAGCUGUUUGGGGCUGAAUUAAUGGAGUGACCCACUUAUCAGUAUCUGACUUUUUACGCAUGAUGAAUCGCACAGAGCAGCCACCAGGAGUCAGCCUUUUAUGUUUUGGUUCAGAACAUGAAUCGGUUCAGGCUCAUCUUACAGCUCGGGCUCACAUGGAAUUUGUCAUAUUUUGUGACAUGUCACUUGGUCUUUCAUAGUCUGAGGUACACGAUGCAGAGUGAUGUGUGGGCGACUUCACUUGUGAUCAACAGAGCACUCCUUAACCAUGGACAAAACAUUGGGUCCUUGCACAGCUGAGAGAUGGAAGUACAUUUGUAUUUUGACUGGAGACUGAACAAUUUACUGGGGAUGGGGAAAGACCCUCCUGAUUCUGUUUCCUAAUACUUCCCCUUUUCCUCCCCUCCACACCCACUCUUUCCCCUGCCCCCACCCCAGUAAGUGAUCAGAUUGUUUUGUACAGAUUUUCAAGUCACAAAGUUUCACUUGGUAGGAGUGUUGACUGAAUCUGAUCAGAAGCAAUAUGUGGCAUUUUCUGCUGUUUGUCUUGAAGAUAAUCAUUUGACAUGCAUGCCAUGACAGAGAAAUAAAGAAGCCAAGAAGUCCUUUAAUAACCCCCAGAUACACUCAGCGUCUGCAGCUGGUAUACUGGACAUCAGCCUGGAGUUCAGAAGAUGGUGUCUGUGGGUCACCCUUUGCUCACAGUUCAUUGUAAUAUUUACAAUAUGAAUUCUAAUCCUGGGUUUCAGAGAGAGGUUGUAAAACAUUUAAACAUCACUGUCUGUGCUACCUCAAACUCCUUGAUUAGAUCCGGCCUGUAACUCAUUCUGCGUAUCUGUUUUAAUCAAGAUUCUUAUUUUUAAUUAAUCUGUGCCCUAAAAUGAAUUGUUGGUUUUUGUGGACAGAGGGUGGACCUGAGCUAGACUUGGUCCUGGCACGUAAUGUUGUUCCCAGUCUGUCAAUCAGCUGUGCAGAGAAGCAAACCACUAACGAAAGGAGAACUGAAAUUCAUAUCUGAAUAGACUUGGAUAAUGAGCUUGUAUGUAAACUGGGGAAAGAUUCAUGUUGUAUGGGAAAAGAUUGCCUGUGAUAUAAUCAACGAGAAAUUGGGAAGUGACAAGGAAGAAUUCCAGUGUGACUAUCUGGAUAUUAGUAAAGAGAGUACAAUUAAUUCUGAUUUAGUGUUGAUAGUGGUCAGAGGAUAAAAAGAAUAGCUUCGUCUUUGCCUUGCCUUGCUCUGUGUAUAGUACACCCUGCCUCCCAGUCCAGAUCAAAGACUAUCUGUUUGGAAUGAUGAGUAAGAAAGUAUUUAAGUGUGAGGAGCUUUCUGCAUUUCAUGAGUCACAUUUAUGAAAGGUUAGGACAUUUUCCUGUAAAUGUGAAGACCAAGAAUGAUGAACACUGGGGUCCUGUGCCUGUGGAUUGUCUGGGCAAUGCAAUGCAAAGUAUGUUUUGUUGGUAUGACAGCUGCAUCCUUUGCAUUGACUUCAUACACUAUCCCAAAGGGCAUUCAAAACUCUGGACCCCUGCCAUGUUGUUGUCAUGGUGAUCUUGUUGCCUCCCAGCUUUACCAAUGAGGGAAAUUCUUUAUCCUGAAUAUUGGUAAAAUUCAGUGUUUUAAAUUUUACGGUGAUCUGGGAGUAUCGAGAGCUGCAUUCAUUCUGAACCUGUCAGUUUUCGUUGACAACAAAAUGCUUUGUGCAUCGUGAAUGAAAGAUUUGACUGUCUACCAUUUCCCCAGAACCACAACACUGAAUCUGCCUCUUGAUCACUACAACAGAAACUUAAGUAUUUAAUAAUUUUAAAGUAGCUUGUUUUGUGUUUAGGCCUUUCUUAGAUUGAGGCUUAUAAGCAUAGUUUUAAGCAUUUAAAUAUAUCGGAAAAAACAUGAACUGAUAAUCCUAAAAAUACACUGUCAGCAUCUCCGAGAAAAGACUGGUUAAUGGUUGAAACAUUAAGCUUCUUGAUGAGAAUUAACUUGCUGUUUAUUUCUAUUCUUUCCUAAAGAAUGAAGUGAGGGCUGUAGGCUGAGCUGCAUUCCAGUUCUGACAAGUUUGAGCUAUUGCACUGAGUGGCUACUGUGUUAAGUAUAGAUGAUCAGAGAUCUCAAUGCUGAUGCUACCAUGUAACAAGGCAACAGCAUGUGUCUAAAUCUCUACUUUUGAUCGUAGCCAUUCAGUUGGAUUUUGUCUUUGAAGAAAUUAUUUCAAAGUUUAAGUGCACUUUAAGAAAACAACCUCAAGCAGCAGAAAAUUAGUCUCAUUAAGUUUAUUUGCUUAAAAUUUAUGCAAAGCUCCCUCUGUGAUGUACUGUUCUUGUCAUCUGAUGACUGGGCUUGUUUCAAAUAGAUGGUAAAAUAAAUUAAUUUGAAAAAGUG